CGAAAAGAACAAAGAAAAACGAUAGAUACAAACAGAAAAUGAUCAACUAGAACUGAAGAAGAUAAAUUUUUGGAGAAUAAAAAUGCAAAAAACAAAAUCUCAAAUGGAAAUUCCUUGAACAUUUUGGUGGCAAUCGAUAAACAAGGUGGAGCAGAGUAAUCACAUUUCUGGAAGAUGAUCGCCAUGAGUUCUACCUCUGAAAUUGGUGCAGCGAUCAUCGAGGCUGGUGCUAAUGGAGACCUUAACCAACUUUGGGCAAUUAAAAAAAAGGUUGCUGAUGAGUUAGAAUUCCGGAAAAUAUGCGAUGAAUAUAGUGACUUCUCCACUGGCCGGAAUGUCUUGCAUUACGCGGCUGAAAUUGGUCAUUUAGAGAUUUGCAAAUUCUUGAUAAAGACCGUCAAAGUUUAUAUUGAUGCCUUGACUUACAAGAGGGAUACUCCUCUGGCAGAAGCUGUGAAAGGGGGACAUAUCAAAGUUGUGGAGUUUCUCAUCAAACAGGGUGCCAAUGAUAAUCUUCCGAAUACUGAGGGAUUGACAGCGAUGCACUAUGCACUUCUUAAAGAUGAUAGGAAGGUUGUGGACAAAUUGCUGCUGCAUGGAACUUUUAUAGAUAAUGAUUCUGCAGAGGGAUCCCCUUUACAAAUUGCUGCUUCUCGUGGAAAUGUUCAGGCUGUCAGGGCUCUCUUGGCUCUUGGCGCAGAUCCAUCUUUUUAUUAUGAAUUUGCAGAUACCCCUCUAGUAUGUGCAGUCAAGUCUCGCUCAUUUGAAUGCCUGCAUUUGCUGCUUAAGGCUGGUGCAGACCCAAAUUUGUAUUUCAGUGGGAUAAAUCCUUUGGGAUUUGCUGCAAAAGAAGAAGGCACGAGAUUUCUUAAGCGUUUGCUUAUAGCUAAAGCAGAUCCAAAUUCAUCUGAAACAGAUAUCUAUAAACCGAUUGAGGAAGCUGCUAUGGUGUAUAAUCGUGCAGCUAUGGAGAUUUUGUUUCCAGUGACCGAACGACUUGCACAUUAUCCAAAAUGGACUGUUGAUGGCAUAAUCGAGUACACUCAUUCUGAAGAAUUUAAAACAAAGAGUGAGGAGAAACUGAGUAUGCGCUUGACUAAACUAGAGCUCAAAGGGAUGCAGCACGCGAGCAAUAAGGAGUACUACCGUGGAAUCUUAAAAUAUAGAAAGGCUAGUCAUCUUGAUCCAUCGAACCCCAAAUGGAUAUCGAAGCGAAGCCUGUGGGAAGCACAUAUGGGUGUAGGCAAUUAUGCACUGUCAGAUGUUCUGAAAUGGAUCAAACUCAAGCCAGACGUCCCCGGCCCCAUCCCAGUCCCUAACCCCGAAGGAGAAAUUGCUGCAGCUGCAGCUGAUGUGAUAUUCAAGAAAUUCAUCAUUGCAGGCCUUACCUUCUCAUUGGAACCUUACAAGAAGAAAACAUGUCGCCUAUUUGGAGCUGCUUUGUAUGAUUACUUUGCCUUGUUGUCUCAGAUUAGCAGCCCCCAAGAGAUUUUGGAGUUAUAGAAUUUUCCCCAAUUUUUUCGAGUAUAUAACAUUGAACCAUAACUCUAUUGUCACAUGGAAUCAAUCGAGCUGCAUCUUUCUUCUU